AUGAAGGAUUACCUGCGCGGGGUGGAUGCUUUGUCGCAAAGCGGAACCAUCUUGGGCCUGCUGGACGAUGAAGUGUACGACCUCGCACAGUCAUCAGGCAUAUCCACCUCCCUGCCGGCGUCAGAAAUCCUGGAUGGCCUUCGUGCAAUUCUCGGGGCGUCUGUGCACCCGUGGAUUCUGCAAUCAGAGUUCCGGAGCCAUUUUCAACAGCCGGGCGAAGGAGUUCUCGACUACCAGCAGGCCCUUCGUCUCCUGGGACGGAAGGCUUUUCCCACCAUGGAUGCUGCAGCCCUCACUCAGCGGGUGUUGGAGCAGUUCGUCGCUGGUGUCAGGGAUCCUGAAGUCCGGAAGGCCUUGAUGCGGGGGCAACCGGCUACUCUCGACAAGGCCCUUGACCUGGCACGUCAGGAGGAGGCGCUUCAGGCAGUCUGCGAUCGACCUGCUCAACCUCUCCUCGGCAUCGCUGCUGUCCGGGCGCAGACGGUUCGUGACUCUGCUACUCAAACGCCCUGGCGACCCUGCUCCUGCGGCUCCUACUACUCCCGACAGAACCAGUGGCGUCGUCCACCGCCCCGUCGCCCCAAUGCUCCCCAGAACCGUCGGCCUGUCCAGUCAAUCGACGUCGGCCCACAGGACAGUAGCGGUAAGUACUACAUUGUUUCUGAUUCAGCUGUUUCAUGCGUCGGUCCUACUAUUUGCCCUUUAGUUGAAGGCUUUGUAGGCAGCACUAGUCUUUCAUGCCUAGUAGACUCAGGCGCUGGUUGUUCUUUGAUACGUCAGCAGUCCUUUUUAGAGUUAAAACGAGGAUUAGGUAUUGUGAUAGGCCUAAUUUUAAACUUCAUACUGCAAAUGGCACUCAUCUUAGGCAUACUGGUCUUGUGGAGUUUUCUCUUGACCUCUCAGGUCUUAGUUUUACCCACCAGUUUGUCGUGUCCCCGGACAUCACCUGGGACUGUAUAAUAGGUGUUGACUUUUUAAACAAGUUUAGAUGUUCCCUUGAUUUCGGUAGGCAUUCUUUACGUGCCGCCACGGUCAGUGUGCCUUUUCUUCGCAGUCUCCCUGAGCCGCGGAGGGUACCCACUUGUGCGGUUAGUGUUGAUGUUAAGGACCUAGUCCCGGCACACCUCGACGAAGGUAGCGCCCGGAAGCUCAGCCAGUUAAUAAGCGAAUUUAAGGACAUCUUUGACUGGGAUGGCAAGUCCACGGGGAGGACAGGUGUGACGGAGCACUGCAUCGACACGGGGGAUGCGAGACCAAUCCGGGUUCCUUCCAGGCGACUUCCAAUCUUCUACCAGAAGGAACUAGAUGCUCUUAUCAAUGAUAUGCUUAGUCGUAAUAUUAUAAGGCCCUCUCAGUCGCCCUGGUCAUCCCCCAUUGUACUUGUAAAGAAGAAGGACGGGUCAAUGCGAUUAUGCAUUGACUAUAGGAAGCUAAAUGCAGUGACUAAGAAAGACUCCUUUCCUCUCCCACGAAUAGAUACCACGUUAGACGCUCUCGCUGGAAAUGUUAUGUUUUCGACACUUGAUUUAGCUUCGGGCUAUUGGCAAGUUGAAGUGCGUCCCUCUGAUAGGGAAAAGACUGCCUUCGCGGUCCCCUCUGGCCUUUACGAGUUCGAAGCAAUGCCCUUCGGCCUAGCCAAUGCCCCCAGCACUUUUCAGAGGUUGAUGAACCAGGUGCUUGCACAGUUAAUACCAACCUCGUGUUUAGUAUACAUGGAUGAUAUAAUCGUCCUCGGAAAGGACUUUGAUAGCCACCUUAGUAACAUCAGGGCUGUGUUUAGCAGUCUCCGACAGGCAAAGUUAACCCUGAAGCCCUCCAAAUGUGUUUUUAUAAAGCCCCGCGUGAAGUUUUUAGGCCAUGUAGUCUCAGCCGCGGGGAUAGAGACUGACGACGAAAAGGUCACACAAAUCCGUGAGUGGCCCACUCCCUCCGAUGUGACGGAGGUCCGCAGUUUCCUAGGCCUCGCCUCCUAUUACAGGCGAUUCAUUAAGGAUUACGCCCAAAUUGCCGGGCCGCUCCACAAGCUUACGCAGAAAAACGUAAAGUUCAAGUGGACUGCUGACUGUACCAACAGCUUCCAGACGCUAAAAGAUAAGCUAUGUACCACCCCAAUUCUAGUCUUUCCUGAUAUUAGUAAUGAUGCCGGAAAGUUCAUCCUGGAUACCGAUGCCAGCGACACCGCAAUCGGCGCGGUUCUCUCUCAGCAACAGCUAGACGGUACCGAGCGUGUCAUCCAGUAUUUAAGUAGAUCGUUGACCAAGGCAGAACGGCGCUACUGCGUGACUCGAAAAGAGAUGCUGGCCCUCACGCACUUUGUGGAAGAAUGCCGGCCAUACCUUCAGUACCGGCCGUUCGUCGUACGCACUGACCAAGUGCCUUGA